AUGGAUAGAGGAAUCCUUAGUUCCUUCCCAUCUGAUCUCAUUCCGGAGAUACUAUCAAGAUUGCCAGCAAAAUCAAUCGGGAGGUUUCGUUGUGUGUCGAAGCAGUGGGGAUCCAUACUUAGCCGUCAAGACUUCCCCGAGUUGUUCUUCACCAGGUCGUUGGCUCGCCCACGUCUCUUAUUAGUCCUCCAACGAGCCAACGGUGAGCUUCUUGUUUUCUCGUCCCCUCAGCCUCAGAAUCCAUAUGAGAAGUCUCUUGUAGUAACCGCUGAUUUUCACAUGAAGCUACGUGGACAUAUGUUGAAAUACAAUAUGUGUAGCUAUGCCUCUGGUUUGAUCUAUGUCCCUGAUUAUGAGAUCUUUGAGAAUCUAGAGUCUGUGAAUGGGAAGGAAAAGGAAGGUGUGAUAUGUAACCCUGCCUUGGGACAGUUUCUUACCUUACCUAUCCCUAAUAUGAUCAUCUAUAGAAAGUCAACAAGCUUUUUAGGGUUUGAUCCGGUUGACGAGCAGUUCAAGGUAUUGGCCGAGGCUGAUAUAUCUUCUAAUGACUAUGAUCAUCAUGGAGUUCUGACAUUCGGAACCGAGAAACUGAGGUGGAGGGGUAAUAACCAUUGUCCGCAUUACUAUCGUUUUUCGUCUCAAGGGAUAUGCAUUAAUGGUGUUUUGUACUAUCUGGCUGACACAACCGAUGAGUUCUCGGAUUUGAUGAUUUCCUUUGAUGUCAAGUCUGAGAAAUUUAAGUUUAUUGAGGCGGAAUGUUUUAGAGAUCGUCGUGCUACUAGAUUGAUCAACUACAAGGGUAAAUUAGGUGGGAUUGAUUUGACGUAUGAUGAUGAUGACGCUGUUGUGUUGACUGUGUCGGUUCUAGAGGAUGUCGAGAAGAAGGAAUGGUCGAAGUAUGUCUACACUUUGCCUAAACAUGAAGUUCAGGUCUACAAUGUUUUCGUCGCGGGGAUGACUGCUAGAGGUGAAAUUGUUUUGGCGGAGAAGUUUACAUCCAAACCGUAUAAUGUUUUCUUCUACAAUCCAGAAAAGAACUCUCUCCAAAGUGUUGAAAUCCAAGGUGUUGGAGCUAAUGGUGAAGCGUUUGAGACUGAUUGUAGAGUUUUCGCCUUUGUAGACCAUGUAGAGGAUAUUAGUCUUAAAACUCAAGUCCAGCUGUACAAAAGGGAAGAUGGAACAGAUGAAGAUGAAGAUGAAGACGACGAUGAAGACGGAUAUGAAUAUGGAUAUGAAUAUGAAGACGGAUAUGGAUAUGAAGACGGGUAUGAAGAUGACAUUGAAGAUGAAGCUAAAGAAGUGAGUUAGAGAGGCGUGUGAGCAACUCUUCAGUUCUAAAAUCAAUAAUACAAAGGAGCUAUUUUCAUGUGUUCUUAAUUGAGUAUAUCAUCUAUAAUGUGGUUGCUU